AUGGUUAAGAACGCCGUUGUGGCUGUGGACGUCAACCUCGUCAAGCAGAUUCAUCCCGAGGUCGAUCCGGUCACAGUUACCAGACGGUUACCGGUGGGACAAAUAGAUCCCAUGGGUGAACUCCAACAGUAUUACCCUUACCUCACGAGGAGCGUUGUCCAGAACAUCGCCGUGUUAAGUAGUGGACUCGCCUACGGGAACGAACCAUCGACAUGGUGGUGGUUGGCUACGUUCCUGCUGUAUACGUUCCAGCGGGAGGAUAUACUGCUAAUAGGCAAAGAACUUACAGGGAGGUAUAAGAGCAUCGUGCGGCGUGCAAGUGUAGAAGCUUGCACAUUAUAUACCUAA